GUAAAAAAAUAUUUAUUAAUUACAAAAAUUAUUACAAUGCAUUUUCUUGUUUUAACAUCUUCAACUUUUUAUCAGCCCCCCAUUUGUAUUUACUCAACCCCCCCGAUUUACUGAUAACCCUGUGACAGGGCACCAAAUAGGAAAUAUUAUUUUUAGCAACUGCUCUAGCGACAGCCCUUAUAGCCUUUGGAUUACCCAGAGAUUUGGCAACGUCCUCGUAGCUAUAAGUCGAGCCUUUCUUAAGGUUUAUCAAUUGUUUCCAAACGUUUGCCUCGAAUUCCGUGCCUUUUAGGAGAAUUGGUAGGUUUUUGUCGUCUUCAAACAUAUCUUUGGUUAUUUCACUUAUUUGUGUAGUAUUUUCUUGUAGUAUUGCUUUGGGGAAUAUUUUCUGUAAUUCCGCCAAACCUGCUUCUUUUUUGUCGUAAAAACCCAUAAAACACACCCUUUUUUCAUCACUUAAAACACCCACAAAAAUAUCUCCAAAUUGUGUUUUUUUGUAACCAUAAUUGAUGUUUAAAUCCUUCAUUUUCUUUAAAUCAUCAUUGGAAAUCACUUUUAUAUCCAUAUUUACUUGAUUUUCGGUCAUUUUUUUAAUCGGUUUGUAAAAAAUUUCAAUAAUGGCGGUAAAAUAUUUAAAACCAUAGAAAAACCAGAAUAGAUGCCUGUUAGUUCUUCCACUAACAACUUUAGAGAACCUUUGUCCAAGUAUUAAAAAUCAACAGAUUUAAUUUAAGUUUUUUCAAAAAAGGAUUUUGAAGGUAAUUAACGAAUAAAGGUGAAUAAUCCUGAAGCACGCCUUCGCACCAAAAUUAUUUGCAUUAAACGUCUAUAAUUUAUAAACUGGUGCACACUUUUCACUUAUUCAUUCUCCUAUAGACAAAGCACAAUAGACGGUUGCAUAACUAUAGAACAUUCGAGAUUAUAACCUAUGUAAGUUUACACAUGUCAAAAUAAUUGACUUUUCAUCGAUACUUAAUUGAUAUUUUUAACAGUAAUUACUUGUUUUUGACUGUUUUAAGUGAUUUAUACAAAGUUCCAGUUAUUUAUAACGUAUAUAUUCGUAUAUAUUUGAUAUAAAUACAGCAUAAAAAUGCCAGGAGUAAAAAAAGGUGAAACUGAGGCGGCACAAUUUCAAGAAAACUUGGAAGGGGCUUCUAUUGACGAUACUAUUCAACCAAGGCAACCCACAAGCCUCCAAGGGCUUCUUAGAUUUGCCAUGGAGGCUACUAAAGAUGAAGAUGCACCCCAUAGUUCUGAACUGAAACCAAUGGACGAAGAACGUAAAAAAUUCUUAGAAGAGGCUCUUAAAACAAUGACUAUUAACGUUGUUGAAGUUCUUCAAAAGCAAAUUGCUGUGUUAAAGAAUGUAGGGGAAUUUAAAGCUAAUGAUGACCCAAAAGACUAUCUAACAGCCAUAGAAAAUAUAUGUGAAUAUAUAGACAAUAUAGAUAUUGCUAAUGAUUUCCAUAAAAUUGGUGGUCUUAUGAUCCUUAGACCGUGUCUGCAAUCACAAAAUUCCAAAAUUAGGGCUGGGGGUUGUGAAUUAAUAGCUCUAUUAACACAAAACAACCCAACCUGUCAGAAAAUCAUUCUGGAAAAUGCAUUUUUACCCGAAUUGAUAGCUUUGUUGGACACUGACAAUGAUGUGAAGGUUUCAAUUAAAUCCAUCUACGCUAUAAGCUGUUUGGUUAGGGAAAACAAUGAAGGGUUUAACGAAUUGAUUGCACAUAAUGGUCUUCAUGUGUUUUUGAAGGCCCUAAAGAGCAAGGAAGAACGUAUUAUUGUUAAGUUGGCAUUCCUACUGAGUGCCCUGUGUAAAUCACAGCCUGAUUUAAAAAGCAGACUGGUAUUUUUGGACUACUUCCCAGUUUUAAUAAGUCUCAUAAAUGAAGAAAGAAACAUGGGUCAUGAGUUUUUGUUGUCACUUCUAGUGACUUUAACCGAAGACAAUCAAGCUGCCAUAAAUGAAAUAAAAGAUCCAAAAUACAGGUUCAAGGAUAUUAUUACAAAAUACAGAAGUUCCAUUUUGAAUAGGGAGGAGUGUGAAGAGGAAGAUCAGUAUUGCAGAAUUUUGUUACAUCAAAUUGCCUAGGAGAUCUGAGGGAUUUUUUAGUUUAUAAGAACUGAUUUUGCAUUUUUAAUUUUGUUUUUAUUUUUAUUAAAAAAAUAUAUAAUAUGAAAGGUAAUUUUUUCACAUUAUUAUUUAUUUAAGGUCGUGAAUGUCAUUUCCAAGGUCAAUACUGUCAUCAUUUAUUUAACAGUUAAAAAUGCAUAUUCAAGGUCAAAUUAUAUCCAAAAUAAAUAUUAUUUAAUAAAAGAAUUUUACUUCAAAAUAAUGUUUUGUUAAUAACAAAUCAUUUUUUCCAAAAAUAUUUUUUGUGUUUUAAUAAUUUUAUAUCAACUGAAAAAUCACAAUGAAAAUAACGACUUUAAUAAUACAUAAAUAUUUAUAUAUAAAUAUAAUAAUUAUGAAAUUUAGUAAUAUAGGACAAAAGAUCAUUUUUAUUGUUAAAAACAAUAUUACUAAAUAUUGUAUAUAGGACCUUUCAGGUUAGCACAGCAGUGUAGGUAUUUCAAGAUUUUUUUUUAAUUUUUUAAGUUUUAAAACAAAUGAGCAACAGUACCAGUGGGAACUGUAUUUUUGAAAAUUUAUUAAAAAAUAAUUUUGUAUCCAUUUAUAUUUCUGUUUAUGUCUUAAAAAUAAUAAAAUAAAAAAUUUAAGUUUAAAACCUUAUAAAAUUAAUACAUAAUUAAUUUUUUUAUUUGUUUUUAAGUUUUUUUUUUUUAAAUAUACUACCCUGUAUUUUAAGUACUAAGACAAAAGCUUUUACUUAAAUUAAACGAAAAGAUUUGUUUUAUUAAAAUAGAAGACAAAAAUAGUCAUUUAAAUGCAAAAAUUAUUGUGUUUUUUUCAAAAUUACAAUGAAUUAUUGUAUACAGAUGUAUUUAAUAGCAAAUGUUUUCUCAAAUAAUAGUUUUGUUGGCAUUUAAAAGGUAAAAUAAAUUUU